UGAAUAAGCAAAGCCAAGCUCCUCAGUAAAUGCCCCAUGUGUAAAUAGGCUUGAACUGGAGAAAUUCUCAUUUCCUAUUGGCAUUUUAAGACAUUUUGUCUGUCAUUCGGAGAGCGGUUUCUACAGGACUGUCGUGCGACUCAAAAAGUGACCCAUGGAAGUCUCACGCGACCCAGUCCGCUGACCCGCUGAAGAAUCAAGAUGGUACACAACAUGGAUUGAGUAGGACAUGACAAAGAAGUGGUAAUUCCCACCUACAAAAUACUUGGGUGGAGGAAGAGGUCCAAGCCUCACUGCUAGGCUUAAGCAUUCAGGUAGGCCAGGAGGCCUCAGGCCUACAGGGUGGUUACAAAGCUGCACACCCCUAGGCAAGUUUACUCAGAAGAAAUUCCCACUGAAUUCCGUGGUUAUUACUCCCAAGGAAGUGGGGUUAGAAUUGCAACCUAAUUCUGUAGUGUUUUACUGCCUAUCUCUCAGAUGUGAGACUUGAAAGCGAGAUUUCCAAGACAAGAGUCACAAUUUGUCACUUUGGGGGUGGGGAUAUUGGUUAGACAAAUAUAAAUAUAAGUGACAAUUAUCAUCUUUAGUUGUAAUUUGACCUCUGUUCAGUCUCUGUUUUCAGCAAUAUUGUGAUGAUUUUAUUUACGUUUUCAGAAGGUUAAGACUAGUGUUAAAAAUGCAUCACUGAAGUCAUAGGUGCCAGUUCCCUGGGGUCCUGGGUGCCUGAGCACCCACAAAAUUCCCCCUGAAGGGGCCGGGCACCCACAAAUUUCAUUGCCAGUGCCAUGCAUGCUGCCCAGGCACCCACGGUCGUAGGGCCAAGCUGGUACUCCUGACUGCAGCUGUGAAAUCUCAAAGGUCUCUGUUUUCUUUCAGCAUCUGCAACUCCACUUUGUAAUGGAGCCAUACAAAAAUUGUCUCAUGCAAGUUGAAACGUAGCAAUAUGGUUUUUAAUUGCUAUCCCAGAAGACGUAUAUCCUACCCAGGAUUUGCUCCCUCUAGUUUUUAUAAAGUUCCAGUACUUCAAGUCUGUUUAGAUAGUUCAGCAAAGAAAGAACUGUUAAUGAGUAAUCGUUGUCCAAGACAGCGCUGAGCCAAUGAAAAGAGGACUAAACCUAAAGUCAGCCUGUUAUCGUUGAAGCCUUCUGCAAAAGUGAGAAAAGCAACACAAAAAUGUUCUUGCUUUGAAAAUCAUUAGGAUUCUGAGCUGAAUGCAGAACUACUGAGUGCACUGUGUCUCUACUGCUAGAGUUCAGGAAGACACCAAGUGUAAGCUACUACUUUUAGUUGUUAAUUUUAGUGGAUAAUGUUUUGGGGAUAAUACUGUGAUAAGUGCAUCAUUUCUUUGAUAUGUUACAUACAACUGUUUGUGACUCUUCUCUGUUUUUAUUGCUUUAUUGAUUUUCAUCGAUAGUUUGUUUUUGUUACUAUUAUUUAUUAUUUUAUUUAUAUCUUGCCUUUCUCCCAAGUUGGAUUCAAGUUGGCUUGGAACAUUUGAAAACACUGUUAUAAAAGUGUGUAAAUUUUGUUGUGUUUUAUUGGUACUGAACACAGUUUGGGGAUUAUUUUCUAUUUAAAACUGAGCAUGAAAUUUUAUAAUUAAAUAAAUUCAUCAUAUCAUAUUUUGUUUAACAAGUGCGGGAAUUUGUGUGCUUCAUAAAGAGCUCAAAAAACAAAUAAUCAAGAAGCUUAGGCUGCAGUCCUAAGCCCACCUACCAGGGAGUAGGCGCCAUUGAAUUUAAUAGCGCUUCUGACUAAACAUUGUUGGGAUUGUGCUGUUAAUUUCUAUAAUUUCUAUAGUUUCUCAUAAUAACCAGUCUCUUCAGAAGUUAGUACUUUGGUGGGAUUGAAUGUAGCAAGGUGAGGAAAAAGAAAUCACUGGUGAGUGAGCAUAGCAUUUCCUGGAACCUCACUUUUAUCAUUUCAGCCCAUGUCAGUUGUAGCGAUCAACUGUUAUUUUCCCAUUGUCAGAAUAAAGCAUGUAGAAAUAUUGAUUAAAUAAGUAUUACAAUGGAAAUUAAAAGUUUACAGAUACCAAACUUUCUGACUGGCAUAUCAUAAUUACUUUUUCAAUUACAGUUAAAGAUAACAAGCAUGUAGGUGCAUGCUUCCUAUCUCUUUUAUAACAGUCAGUAAAAUGUACUGAUUUACCAAAGUACCAUUUUUUCCUAAAAACUAUGGUGGAAUAAUGUAUUAUUAAUAUUACUGUGGCAUCUAAAUUUCCCAGCCAAGAGUCUGAUGUUACUGACAUGUGCUAUACACUAUGCACACCCGAUUAAAUUCUGUUUCUAUUUAUUUAUUUAUAAAAGUAUUUAUAUACUAUUGUAUCAUAAAACAUCAGGGAAGUAUACAAUGAUAAAACAUAAAACACCUUUAAAACAAUACAAAAUAAGCAUUAAGGUGACUGGCUAAUUAAGAAUUUCAGCAAGCAUUACAGUUACUGGCAAAGUUGGAUUAAGUUCUCAUUGCUAUAAUCCUUCAAUAAAAUAUAAAUUACUAAACAUCAGUGACGCCAAUGAAAAUUAUACUUUUAAUAGAAUUGGGGACUUGGUUGAAUUCUAAUUAUUUUGUCUUUUGUUUUUUCUUUAAUAAGAAGCUUUAGGUUUAAAUUAAUUGCACCCUUUUACUUCCUCUGAAUAUUCAUAAUAUUUCAGAAGCAGAAAUCUCUAGGCCAUCACUGAUCCCAGCAGCAAUCACCCUGGUCUGCUAGCUGGAUAGCUCCAGUCCACUUGCACCUUGACAUAUACAGUAGUUGACAUUCAGCAAAAGGACAGGUGUAAUUGUGUGUAGAAAUAGUCUGAGAGACCCAAUCUCUUCUUUACAGCUUUAUCCUCUGAUUAACAUUAUUGAUACAUACAGAGAACUUAUCCUCUCUUCAGGGUUUGGGCCAAUAUAUUUUGUUGUCUCAGGUGGAGCGGGUAAUGGUGCCCCAAAUUGUAGUACAUAGUACCCAAGGCCUGGCAAACAUCUCAAAAGCCCCCCCCCCCUCCGUGCCAGACAGUAAAAAUAUAAUAAUAUAUUAAAUAACAAUUUGCAGCCCUUUAACGAUGCCCAAAAUCAGCUGCCAGAAACCAGCUGCUCAUCAUAAAAUGGUUGUUCCUGUUCUCUUCUGUGAGAACAUGCCAUGACCUACUCCUUCUGUAGGAAAAUAGAAUAUUUCUCUCAUAUUCCAGUACAUAACUCCACAGGGUAGAAUCCUAGCGUAUUUUCAUAGGUGUUGUACAGGAAGCUAGUAUGUUGUGCUGGGACAUCUAAGGGAAUUGUAUGAUGGUGCUUCUCAUAAAUUUAAUCUGACAGUUUGUUUUCCAGCCAUAAGAGGUCCCAUUGGUAUGUAGUACAUGUGACAUUCAACAAACACAUUUGAUGUUUUAAAAUAAAUUGUUUAUUUUAUCCAUGCAUGGAUAACCUCAACUGUAUUUUAAUUAGGGAGCCUGAUGUUUCAUUAAGAGCACCUCCCCCUAAUCCUAGCGAGUGACUCAUUCUACUUUUUCUCCUAUCUAGCAUAAACAACUCACUGAUUACGAUUAACAGCUGGAAUUCCCAACAUGUUGACAAUUAUCACGAUAAUUAUAUUGUGAAACAUACAACAGAGCAAGGGAAAAUAUACAAUCCAGAUCUGGUUCAUGUACUACAGCAACUAUUAGGUUAGAAUACUGCCCCAUAGUAUGCUUUCUCUCUCUCUCUCUCGUCCAUGGAUUUACAUAUGUAAAAAUAGUUCAGAUGCAUCAUGGGAAUGUGUGACUAUUUCAAGUUGAUAGUGGCCUUUCUUGGUGUGCCAGCUCAAAAAAAGGCUGCUCUGCUCACAUGAAUAACAAUUGCGAAACAGGCCUCUCCACAUGGAAAUAAUCACACAUUACUCCCUCCAUACAAUGCAUCUGUGGAGAUGCUCCACAUGGAAUGUUUCUGAAAAUUUGGACAGGCCCUUUAGAAUGACCGCUGUUGCAAGCAGAUGUAGCAUUUUGUUUUUCUUUAUGUUUUUAAGGUUUCCUUCAACACUCAGCUUAAUUUGCUGCAACUCAGCCUAUUAAAGCGUCUAUGGCGUCAGAGAUGAACCUAAUUGGGCAUUCUCACCUACCUUCAGCAGAUGGAUUUUCUCUUUCCGAAGCUCCUCAUUUAUUUGGUAAAUAAAAAAAUAUAUUACAAGCAAUAUGCUAAUUCAGUCCAUAGAAUGGAGUAAUGCUGACAUUUUCUGAUAAACUCCUAUGAGCUACAUGUGAUUUCUUUGUUCAAAGUACUCAGUUUUGCUAAUCUAUUACAAUACAUUUUUGUGUUAUGAUUUGUAACACAACUGUGAAAAAAUUAUAAAUGGCAUAAUGAAAUCAGAAUAUAAUGGCAAAUCACCCACAGAGUGCAUAAUCUGCAUGCAAAAGCUCCUAGGUUCAUUCCCCAGCAUCUCAAGGUAGGGCUAGGAAACACUCCUGUCAAACACCGAAGAGGCUCAGUAUGCACAGUUCUGAACUGGAUGGUCAGCUAUGAUAUAUCUGUUGCUGUUGUUGCCAAUAAAGCAAAUCUAACAAUUGAAAGCAAAAGAGAAAGUCCUAUACUCAUAAGUACUGUAUAAGACUUCCAGAGGGGCAGCUGUUUAAUUUGUUGCAGCAACAAUGAUUACUGUAUGUCUUAUAGCAGGAUGCAUUUGACAAGUGGACUGUAGGUGACAAACACUUGUGCCGCACUAAAUGUGUUAGUCAUUAAGGUGCUACAAGAUUUCCAUUGCAUUACUACAGGAGAAAGACAAUGAUCAAAUAUGUUUUCAUUAAAUGCUUUAGAUUUUUUCCACCACCUUGAUCAUAACUUGUGUGUGUUGUUAUAUUUUUGUGUUCAUGUGAAGGUCUUGCAAUGCCUCCCUCCCCAUCAUUAUAUUUAAGAGCCAUAUGCAAUUUGAGUGUGUUCCGCUACAAACCCUGUGGCAAACCUGGGAUUUUAAUGAGCAGCUGCUGGAUUUUAUCAGAAUACAUAUUGCUAAAUUUGUGCAUUCUUUUGCUGUUUUGUUUUUACUUUCAGAAGCUUUGUUGCUCCCUGGCACAAAUAUUACAGAAGGCUUUUUAAUUUUUAAAGGAGCAACAAAAUGUAACAGUACUACUAACUUUAUAAUGUAAAAUUAUUUUAGGCUCUUCUCCCACUGCCUCCUAAGACACUUAAUGUUUCCUUCACCAUCACCACUUUCUGCAGAUCCUUUGUACUUCUAUUGUGUGUGAAAGUGGCUUUGAAACAUUUCUAUGAGUAAAGCGCUUUAAUGAUGAUGAUGAUGAUGAUAAUGAUGAUAGCGUAAGACAGCUGCCUCAGAUAGAGUACAGUAAUCCGCCUGCUUCAAGUAACAAAGCUUGGGUGCCAUUAAAAGGCAGGAAACUGAAAGCUCUGUAAUUUUAUUACUAUAUUUGUAAUGGGGGUGUGUGCCAAUUAGAAUUUUUUACUCCAUACAUCAGGCUUCCCCAAACUUGGCCCACCACCUGUUUUGGGAAUACAAUUCCCAUAAUCCCUGACCACUGGUCCUGUUAGCUAGGGAUGAUGGGAGUUGUAGUCCCAAAACAGCUGGAGAGCCGAGUUUGGGGAAGCCUGCCAUACAUAUUGGGCUGGCCUGAGCAAGGACAUGAUAAGCAUUGCCUCACCAUGGUCACAUUCUACGAAUGACUGGCUUUACAUGUGAUACAAACUGAGGCCAAUGCUUGUCUGUCUUCUCUGUAGGUUUAGCAAGUUUUCUAUUUAGCAAGUAAUAUUACUUCCCACCAGUGUGAACAGUGUGCUGACACUUGGAGAGCCCCUGAAAAUCUACAAUAUUCUUGGCUCUACAGAGAGGGGUGAGAAAGAUUGAAUCCUUUUGUUCGUUGUGUUGAGAGAGAAAGAAAUGCAAUUUCUCAAAGGUCAAAAAUGAUUAAACAAGAAGAAGAUCAUAAGGCGGGUUAGCUAACUGCUUGUUAUCAAGCUGCUUCUGGCAGAAAAUUCAACAUCUGGCUUUUGCUUUUUUAUAUAGCAGAGAUAAUAAACAGGCUCAAAAGUGACAGCAAGAUCAAAGGCAUAAAAAAAAAAUCAACAAUUAAAUUUCAGUUAAAUGUUGAAAAUUAAAUGACUUGUUAGAAAAGGGGUGAAUUUCCACCAGUUCCAAAGUAGCCAGGACCAGCGGGCUACCUAGACAUGAUCUCCUAACAUGCCAGUGCUCAUACUCUGGCUCAGCAAUCUUUCUGCAGGGGAGAAUAGUACCAUUCCAUAUUAUUUGACUUGCAAUUUGAAAUGUGCUUAAAACAUUAUCUGUCUGAGAUACGUAUUUCCUUCCUUUCCCCCCAUUUUUAGGUCUUUAACAUGGCUUACAAACAUGUUUGAAUGAAACAUUAUUUCCAGUCUCCACAGGGAUGUGCUGUCAGCUGUAGAUCUUCCACCCUAGAAAAAAGGGGCAAAUUCCUCACCCUAUACCUGAUUUCUUCUUUGAUUCUGGGUGUUUUGGAACUGACGAUGAGAUAAAGAGCAAUCCCUAUCUGGAAGCAAUCCCCCAACAUUCCCUCUACACUAAAUAAAGGACUAGAACAUUAGUUAUAUGUCCGUUAGUUAUUUUUGGCAGAAUCCUCUCAGGUAUGCAGUGUGGGGGGGGGGGGGAGGGGAGCUGAUGGCAUUGCCCUCCUUCCCCCCUGCUGUCAGUGGCAGUUUCAGCUGCCCUGGCCUCAGUGGUAGGGAUAAAGAGCUGACAAAGGCUUGCCAUUGUGAAUUACGUAUACAAUACCUGACUGCUGUUUCAGUAAAGUAAUGCAACAUAUCAUAAUUUUUUUAAAAAAUCCAAUAAGUGAAUCUGAAUGGUUGUACAAGUUAAUGGGAUUAUCCACACUCUUUUUGAUGUUCUGACAUCAACUUUUCCAGAUUUUAACAAAUUAUGCUGGAAAUGUUAUAUAGCAAUUUUCUCAGACUUUUUCAAGCUGGCUCCUCAUAAUAAAGUUAAUCAGUAAACUGUAUAACCUCUGGCCUAGUGUUUCCUUGGCUGGUCUUAGAGGAAGUUUUUAUUUUCACUUGUGAGUAAAGUAUUGGGAAGUUAAGGAAGCGGGAGAGAGCCAUACUGGAUGAAGGAACUAGAUUUGUCUUUUAAAUGGUCAUAUUAACGGCCCCUCAAGGUAGGAUACUUUUCCAGCUGACUUGUAGUUUGUGGUUCUAAAUACUGUACUAGACAACAUCGUUUUGCUAUACAUAAAUCAGUAUCUAGAAACUGACCUUUGUUACCUGAAGCACCCAACAUUUUAGAAAUUCUACAGCAUCUGCUUUGCUUAGAAAUAUAUCAGGUUCAAUCACUGGCAUCUCCAGGUAGGAAUGGGGGGCGGGCACUUGUUAGAUUUCCUAGAGAGCAGCUGUCAGUCAUUGUAGAUAAGACUGAGGUGGGUAGACCAAGAGUCUUGACUCCAUAUAACUAAGUUUCCCUACACUGUUGCUUUCAGGAAGCUGAUAUCUUUAUGUCAUGUAACGAAACUAACUCACUUGCACAGCCCAUUUUGCUUUAGUUUGUUACGUACUUUCCGCGCCCUGCAUUUUAUUUCCUCAUAUGGGUUAUUUUGGUUUCUUUUGCUCUGUUCUUUUGAUAGACUACCAUUAAUGAUUUUAUAUAUGCUAGCAGUUCUCCGUGUGGUACACUUAUAAAGCAAAAGUACAAUUAGGUGAAACUAAUCUGUGUUAAAUUAUUAUGAAUAUGCAUCCUUGCUUAAGAAUGCAAGAAGUCUGUUGUAGGAUGAGUUCAGCAUUCCUUUAAUUAAUACCAGGAACUAGCAGCAUUUGCUAGCUAGAUUUUGGCCUGUGGAUCAUUUGUAAACCAUGCUCUGCCUUUGCCUGCCCCUACCAUAGAACCCUUUUUUUUUUUUUUUGCUUGUGUGUACAGAGGAUGUGUAAGUGGAAUAUAUUUAUUUCCUGACAAUUUUCCGCUCCAUAAUUUGUAUUUAUUUUAAAAUAUUUAUAUCCCACUUAGUUAUCUAGAAGGACCCCAAGGUGGCUUUCAGAACAAUAAAAUUAAAGAUUAAACUGUAUGCAUUUUUACUUUGUUUUUACUCUUUUUGUAAGUUGCCCUGAGGAUACUGUUACUGGGUGUUUUAUAAAGAAUUGUAUCUAUGUGUGUGUAUGCACUUCUGUAAGCAUGGGUUGGUCUAAGUGAUCUGAGGUACCUUCCAGUUCUGGCUGCAUUCAAAUUGCAUUUUAUUCUGUUGAUUUCUGCACUAUAUUUGAACAAGCCACUAUGUACUGGAAAUCUAGUGGAAGUGUUCGUUUCCUUGUCAGUUGCUUGCAGAAAAAAUCUGUUUACAGCCCCAUUAACCCAGAAAAUCAUGAGAAUAAAAUGACAAAAUUUGUAAUGGUAUAUAGUGGCCUACAUAUCUUUCCUGCCAUUUUCAUGGGGGAAUCAUGGAGGAACAGAAGCAUGCAUGAGCGGAAAGUGUGGGGAAGAUACAACAUUGCCCAGUGAACUUAGUUGUUGUAUCACAGCAUGCCUGCUGUUGUGAAUGAAAUUUAAUGAAACAUGCCAGUAUAUCAGUCAGAAAGCCACAGUUCCAUAACAUAACCAGUACUGCAGUGUGAAAGGAAUAUCAUAAAACAAUGUGGAAACACUUGCAUUAUAAUAAAGAAAACUGAUGCAAUAUAACCCACAUUCUGGUUAUUGGGUAUGAAAACAGAAGAAAAACCUAACACAAUUGCUUAGAAGAAUAAAGUGAUGAUUAAACCAAAAGGGUUGCCUGAAUACCAAUAGUGAUAUUCGAUAUGCAUGGGUGCUAAAAUAUCUAUUCAUAGAAUCAUAGAAUCAUAGAAUCAUAGAAUCAUAGAGUUGGAAGAGACCACAAGGGCCAUCGAGUCCAACCCCCUGCCAAGCAGGAAACACCAUCAGAGCACUCCUGACAUAUGGUUGUCAAGCCUCUGCUUAAAGACCUCCAAAGAAGGAGACUCCACCACACUCCUUGGCAGCAAAUUCCACUGUCGAACAGCUCUUACUGUCAGGAAGUUCUUCCUAAUGUUUAGGUGGAAUCUUCUUUCUUGUAGUUUGGAUCCAUUGCUCCGUGUCCGCUUCUCUGGAGCAGCAGAAAACAACCUUUCUCCCUCCUCUAUGUGACAUCCUUUUAUAUAUUUGAACAUGGCUAUCAUAUCACCCCUUAACCUCCUCUUCUCCAGGCUAAACAUGCCCAGCUCUCUUAGCCGUUCCUCAUAAGGCAUCGUUUCCAGGCCUUUGACCAUUUUGGUUGCCCUCCUCUGGACACAUUCCAGUUUGUCAAUGUCCUUCUUGAACUGUGGUGCCCAGAACUGGACACAGUACUCCAGGUGAGGUCUGACCAGAGCAGAAUACAGUGGCACUAUUACUUCCCUUGAUCUAGAUGCUAUACUCCUAUUGAUGCAGCCCAGAAUUGCAUUGGCUUUUUUAGCUGCCGCGUCACACUGUUGGCUCAUGUCAAGUCUGUGGUCAACCAAGACUCCUAGAUCCUUUUCACACGCACUGCUCUCAAGCCAGGUGUCCCCCAUCUUGUAUUUGUGCCUCUCAUUUUUUUUGCCCAAGUGCAAUACUUUACAUUUCUCCCUGUUAAAAUUCAUCUUGUUUGUUUUGGCCCAGUUCUCUAAUCUGUCAAGGUCGUUUUGAAGUGUGAUCCUGUCCUCUGGGGUGUUAGCCACCCCUCCCAAUUUGGUGUCAUCUGCAAAUUUGAUCAGGAUGCCCUUGAGUCCAUCAUCCAAGUCGUUGAUAAAGAUGUUGAAUAAGACCGGGCCCAAGACAGAACCCUGUGGCACCCCACUAGUCACUCUUCUCCAGGAUGAAGAGGAACCAUUGAUGAGCACCCUUUGGGUUCGGUCAGUCAGCCAGUUACAAAUCCACUGAGUGGUAGCAUAGUCAAGACCACAUUUUACCAGCUUCUUUACAAGAAUAUCAUGAGGCACCUUGUCAAAUGCCUUGCUGAAAUCAAGGUAGGCUACAUCCACUGCGUUCCCUUCAUCCACCAGGCUUGUAAUUCUGUCAAAAAACGAGAUCAGGUUAGUCUGACAUGACUUAUUUUUCAGAAAUCCAUGCUGACUAUUGGUGAUCACAGCAUUCCUUUCUAGGUGCUCACAGACUGUUUGCUUAAUGAUCUGCUCCAGAAUCUUCCCUGGUAUUGAUGUCAGACUGACUGGGCGGUAAUUAUUUGGGUCCUCUCUUUUCCCCUUUUUGAAAAUAGGGACAACAUUUGCCCUCCUCCAGUCUGCCGGGACUUCGCCUGUUCUCCAGGAAUUCUCAAAGAUGACUGCCAGUGGUUCUGAGAUAACAUCUGCCAGUUCUUUUAAUACUCUUGGAUGCAGUUCAUCUGGCCCUGGAGACUUGAAUACAUCUAAACUAGCCAAGUAUUCUUGUACUAUCUCCUUAGUUAUUCUGGGCUGUGUUUCCUUUGCUGAAUCAUUUGCUCCAAAUUCUUCAGGUCGGGCAUUGUUUUCUUUAUCGGAGAAGACUGAGGCAAAGAAGGCAUUGAGGAGUUCAGCUCUUUCUGUGUCCCCUGUUUGCAUUUCACCAUCUUCUCCUCUGAGUGACCCCACUGUUUCUUUGUUCUUCCUUUUGCUACGGACAUACCCAUAAAAGCCUUUUUGUUGCUUUUAACCUCUCUAGCAAGCCUGAGUUCAUUCUGUGCUUUAGCUUUUCUGACUUUGUGUCUACACGUGCUGGCUAUUUGUUUGAAUUCCUCUUUGGUGGUUUCCCCCCUUUUCCAUUUUUUGUACACAUCCUAUUAACAGAACAGAUUAAAAUGCCCAAUAUCAUUCCAGAAUUUCAGACGAAUAGAGUGUCACAAAUGUUUAGGACUGAAAUGUAACAUUACACUUCUAAAGGUAAUUAACUAUAAUCUUCUGAUCUCUUAUUUCUUGGGUGAUUCCAUCUCUGCUCAUGUAUUAACUGCAGACUAAGCAACCAUAGAAUUUUAUUUUAACUGCCUUUGAGGUUUUGAGUCUUAGGACCAAGACACAUGACAAUCCUUCUGAAAAAUGUAUAUUGAUUUUGAACUGCUUGUGAAUAAGUGGUUCAAAAAAUUAUUUGCAUGCCAACCCACAUUUGAUCAACUCAGAUCAGCAGAUUUCAUAAACGUUAGUUUAUGUGAAAGUACUGAAAGUAUAAUAUUUUUGUUUAUAUGUCAGAAUGGUGUAGCUUUGGCUCCUAGUGAGUCUACACUGGUCGGUUAUAACGUUAAAAAUUCAUUAUAAAAAUGUGACACCAGAGAGCGCUGCAGAGCAGCGAUCUGUUGACAAUAGGAAAUUGUACUGAGAACUAUCUAAUGUCUUUAAUAGGCUUUAAUAAUGUUUUUACAGAUCAGUGUAGAUCCAGCCUAUCUUAAGAAUCAGGUGGAUAAGUCAAAGUCUUAACAGAACAGAAACCUUUAUUAUAGCUUACAACUUGGCUAAUUGAGAGACAUCCAGGAAGUACAGGAAAUGGAUUGCUUAAAGAUACACUCAGACACCAUACGUUUAAAGCACAUUCCUCUGCAAAGAAUAAUGGGAAUUGUAGUUUCCUCCUACAUAACGACACCCUUAACAGGCUACAGUUCCCAGGAUUCCUUUGGGGGAGGGAUGUGCUUUAAAUGUGUGGUGUGUACACAGCCAUGGACCCAUUCAUGGAAGCUGUUUAUCUCAUUCACAUUGACUGAAAUUAAAUACAGUGGUACCUCAGGUUAAGUACUUAAUUCGUUCCAGAGGUCCGUACUUAACCUGAAACUGUUCUUAACCUGAAGCACCACUUUAGCUAAUGGGGCCUCCCGCUGCCACCGCGCCGCCAGAGCACGAUUUCUGUUCUCAUCCUGAAGCAAAGUUCUUAACCUGAAGCACUAUUUCUGGGUUAGCGGAGUCUGUAACCUGAAGCGUCUGUAACCUGAGGUACCACUGUACAGGUUGAGGAGGAAGCAGCAAAAGAAUAAAAAUAAAUUAUAAUGAACAUAAUGCGAUUUAUGGGUUUCUUUUAGGGAAUAGAGCUUUUGAAGUAAGUUCCUUAUAAAAGAAAAUGUUCUUUUGUGUUGUUUUCUAGGUUUACUUCCCGAGGCAAUGACUUCCCCAGUGCAAGAUUCCGAUGUGUCACCCUAUACACAGUACAACGCUGUUCACUUUUCUCCAGUGCAGCCUCCCAUUUCUUCGCCACCUUAUUACUCCAGCUUUGGCUUCUAUCCCCAACAGCCUGAAGAGUGGUAUUCACCUGUAAUGUAUGAGUUCAGAAAACUACCCUCUGAUAACUUUCCCCUAAAGGAGCCAGACCUCGAGGGAAUGCCUGUAGCCAAGAAGACUCGAAUGGGUCCUUCAGGGGGGAGAACGAAAGGAGAGGAGUUGUGCGUGGUCUGUGGUGACAAGGCCUCUGGGUACCAUUAUAAUGCCCUGACUUGUGAAGGAUGCAAAGGUGGGAUGAACAAAAUUAUAGCAAGUAGAACAAUAUAGGUUAUUUUUGUGUGACCAUGUAAUUGGCCAGAAGUAGUUUUAUUAAAUAGGAAGUUCUGUUUGCUUUUAUUGAUCAGAAGAAGAGUUUGUGAAUGAAGGCAGGGACUAUGUGGUGGAGCCGUUUGUUAUUUAGCAAAGGAUUAGCAAGUGAGGCAAGGACUGACUGCACAUUGAAGUGAAUGCACCCCAUGGCAAGUUAGGCUGGCUGAAAGCUUCCCUUUCCUCAGUGCAGACAUUUUGAUCUUGUAAUCACUUGGAUUUCUAAUGCAUUCCCUUGCCAAUGUUGGCGGAGUUCCUUCCCUGGAAUGGCCGCCCCAAUAAUGUCAGUGAAGUGAGUGGACUGGCCUGCCCAUUCCUUUGUUCACAGAGAUCUAUGUGUGUGCAGAGCAUCACUGCUUGAGGUAGCUCUUAGUAAUCUAUUACAAAUGGAAUUGCAUGUGACGCAGUAUUCCUAACUGAGAGACAAAUAUGCCCGUGGUUCCUAGGAGAUUUAGGGGAGCCUUGCUUAAUAAAUCAGAUGAUAAAGUAUAGUGGUUAGCAGGACUUUUUUCAGUGGGAUAUCUUAUAAACUUCUAGUGGGAUACCAUUACAUAUCUGAAAUAAAUUGGUGUAUAAAUGCUAAUUGCACCUGCACCACCAAAUGUUUUCAGUAAGACAGAUAUUCUAUGGGCUUUGUAUUUUAUUUCUCACCUCAAUAGAAUGUAAGAUACCUCUUUAUCCAAUCAACUCUUAAUAAAAUCAACCUGUUUGCUGCUAAUAAUAAUGUCUGCAGGUACCAUUUUUGCAUUGAUGAUGAAUUUUUGAUAAAACAUGGAUUUUAAAAAUCUGUUUAAGAUAAAAAAGCAGAUUAUGAUUUAUUUUAAAAGUAGUAAAAUGUUUUCAACAGGCACUGAAGAACUCAGCUUUAAAUCUAACCUUUCCCUUCCUUAAUCUCCGUAUGGAAAUGUACUAAACUCUAGGGAAUUAUGAAACAGCAACUAUGUGGCUCUGAGUGAAAGCACCACAUAAUUUGCAUUUCAAAAGUGGUCAGUGUCAGUCAAAUAUAUUUCAAUGGAGACUGUAGACAAGACAUUUUAGAUGCAACGUCAAAUGGACAGUGAAGUGCAAGGUUUUUGUUUUGUUUCUUUUUAAAUAAAAGAAGUAGUUUUAUUAUUCUGCAAUAAAAAUGGUGGCUGGUUACUGAGAGGCAUGUCUAAGCUGGGAAUUAGAUAUUAUAGAUAUAUCUAUAUUAGAUAUAUCUAAUAUAUUAGAUAUAUUAGAUAAAUAUACCACUUUAGAGGUGGUAUAUUUCUGUUUUACAAAGGAGUGAUAUCCAGUGUUGUAUGAGUGGACUUCUUAUGCAACAGGACUUCCCCUUGUUCCCCCACCCAACUGCUCUGGAAAGUCCCCCAACCAUUGGUUUGUGUGUGUGAAAAGGAUGGAGAGGAAACUGAAAUCCUUUUGUGCACACAGAAGACAAUGCACUUCCAAUAGUAGGGUGCUGGGGCCAAGUGACUUCAUCCUGCCCUGCUUUUAGGAAGCACCAAAUUGCCUACUUGGGAGAAAGAGCACUGAACUUACUGAUCCCUUUUAUAAACACAUUCCAGAUUUCUAGGCUUUUACAUAUAUUUCUGUUGCACACAUCAUGAUCCAGGCCUCCAGGUACUUGGAUAAUGGGAAUAUAAGAUCAGCUACAUCUCUUUAUCAUAAGGGACAGAAAUAAAUAUCCAUUAAAGCAGAACAUAUGUUCUACUGGGUUAAAAGGUAUUUGCGUUACUGAAGAGUUGAUCCUAAUAAACUCAUUCUUUUAAAACAGAAACUAGUUUCAUAUUGGGAUCUUAUUUUGCACGUAUCGUUCUUUCUCUAGGCUUCUUCAGAAGAAGUAUCACCAAAAAUGCUAUAUACAAGUGCAAAAAUGGAGGGAACUGUGAGAUGGACAUGUAUAUGAGGAGAAAGUGUCAGAAGUGCCGUCUUCAGAAGUGCAAGGAAGUAGGAAUGCUGGCGGAGUGUAUGUAUAAAUAUAUUUGCAUUGCAUAAUCAAUGUCCAUUGAUUCAAUUGUGUCUCCUCUGAGUGUGAGUAAGCUUGGGCCUCGCCCUGUGUAGUUUGCAUUCCCAUGUUGUAGGAGCUGCAGAAAGGGUAGUAAAACCCAAGAUAGUCUUCAGGUUAUGGUUGCAUAGAGUUGAAGGUGCUCUCUCAGGGACCUCAAAGAGUGCAAUAAAAACAAUUAGGCAAACUGGGAAAGCAAAAUCUAUGUGAUUUAUUUAGUGAAGUGAACAAUUCCAGUCAGUCUUUUCUAAAAAUGGGACAGUUGAACAUAAGCCCAAGUCAGAUCAUUGGCCCAUUUAACUCAGCACUGCUGACCCUGGAUGACAGCAGUUCUCCAGGAUUUCAGACUUCCCUACCUGCAGACGCCAGGUACUCUACUGGUGAGCUACAGUCUCUCUUCAAAGGGGACUGCAUAUAUGAGAAGUAAAACUGAGUAAUAUGGUAGCAAUAUCUAAAUAAUAUAGAAAACAGUGACAGAAGCCAGCAUUUAUUGAGGAGCAUAUCACAGAAGCUUCCUUAAGUGAGCAUAGCACAUCAUGAGGCCUGAAAAGGGACAUAGGUUCUGACAGCUGCACUUAAGGAAAAUGGAUAAUAUAAUGGGAAAUAGCAGGAUUGGCUCAAAUACUUUGAACUGUAGUCAACUUCUUGGCAUCCGUCUGUCUCAGGGGACAAUGGAGGAGUGUGCCUUCAGGGGUGAAGUCAAAUUGUUGGAAGGUUGCAGCACCUGCUGUGGCUGUAGAGACUGAUACGAGAGAGACAUGUUUUGUUGCAGUAAACUGCUUUUGGAGCAAAAGGGGCACCCUGGUCUUUAUUUUCCUAAGGACUGUUUUUGGGACUUACAUCUACACCACCACCACCACCAUCAUAUAUUACUUAUACCCAGCCCAUCUGGCUGGGUUUCCCCAGCCACUCUGGGCGUCUUCCAACAGGAGAUUAAAAAUACAUUAAAACAUCAGUCAUUAAAAAACUUCCCUAAACAGGGCUGCCUUCAGAUGUCUUCUAAACGUCAGAUAGUUGUUUAUUCCUUUGACAUCUGAUGAGAGGGCAUUCCACAGGGUGGGAGCCACUACCGAGAAGGCCGUCUGCUUAGUUCCCUGUAACUUUGCUUCUUGAAGUGAGGGAACCGCCAGAAGGCUCUCGACGCUGGACCUCAGUGUUGGUUAAGGACUGGCUAAUUUGAUAAUCUCACUGGAAGCCUCUAGUAAAGGGAUCCUCAGGUCUCAGUAAGUAUCUCUUCAAAACUCAAUAAUGCACAAGAGACUGUUUUUCUGAUCAGUUCCUAUUUGCACUCCCUGAGCCUUUCCUACAUUGAUCAUGCCCCGUUCAACAUGCUAACAUUUUAUUGAAUGCCAAGAUUGGACACCUAGCCUCCCAUCUGUUCUCAACAGAAGUGGUGUUCAAAGAGUCUCUUUGUGAGUGAGCAUGGUGGUGGCUGAUGUAGGUGGGUUUUUUUCUGAUUGGGUGGGGCAUGGCUGCACCAUGUUGUGCCCCUGGCUUUUUCUUUUCUUCUAGAUGCGGCGGUCAUUUUGUAUUCUGCCACAUUCCUACAGCAGCCAUUCUGUGAUGGCUGCCCAUUGCACUUUCUGAAAAUUCUGAAUGUGCCUAUUGGUCCAAAAAUGUUGGCAGCCCCUGCUCUAAUAAAAGCUUUGGCCUUUGUUAAGUUUCUGCAAUAUAGAAAUGCUGACAUUUAAGCAUUUUCAUGAUCUAAAAAGGUGCCACCCCCCAAGUGCUGUUUGCUCCUUGGUGGAGUAGAUGGGAUGAGGAGGAGGAGUAUGGAGACAAGUUGUCCUCUAACUGUAACUCAACAAAGGAGAAAGAAGUUGGAUGUGCAGUUGCAGAUCUCCCACAUAAUAUGUAGUUUGGUCCUUUAGACCCUCCAUACAGUGGUAUCUUGGUUUAAGUACUUAAUUCGUUCCGGAGGUCUGUACUUAACCUGAAACUGUUCUUAACCUGAAGCACCACUUUAGCUAAUAGGGCCUCCUGCUGCUGCCACGCCACCGGAGCACGAUUUCUGUUCUCAUCCUGAAGCAAAGUUCUUAACCUGAAGCACUAUUCCUGGGUUAGCGGAGUCUGUAACCUGAAGCGUAUGUAACCUGAAGCGUAUGUAACCCGAGGUAUCACUGUAUUAGUUUAACUGUGGCAUGAGAGCUAUAGCUAUACUUCACUUAAAACUUCUCAAUGUUGCCUUUUGUAAAAAUCCAAGGAUGGGAUUAAGGCUGCAUUUUGUGUUCCCUAUUGAUAGCUCCAAUCAUCUUGGCACAACUGUAGUGUCAAACCAAUUUGGGUUCCUACAGGAAAUUAAUCUACUCUGAGUUUUUAAUAUACUACUAUCCUCCAAUCUGAUCAUGAGAUGCUAUAUUAACUGUUAGGCUUUGUGGAAAACAACAGCCUCUGUCAGCGUUUGGAAUUCAUGCAAGAAUUAUAAUAUAAUUAAUCUUCCAUUCUGCAAAUUUAACAAACCACAGAGAUCUUGAGAGAUGCCCUAUUUCCACCCAAUGCACAAAACACACAAACAAAAGUGCUGCCAAUGUGAUAGGAACACUUAGUGAAUCUGUAAGUGUUGCAUAAAAAUAAAACCCCGCAGUGCUGAAUCCAGAACCAGCUUUAUCUGUUUUAGAGAGAUGGAGCUGGGAGGGAGGACUACCAUAUUGUCCUGAUGACUAAUAAUAGAAUAAACUGGGAAAAAUGGGCCAUUGUAAACAAUACGGACCAAGGAUACUGGAAAUGGAAACUUUUAAAGCAGCUGAUCGUUUUCUCAGAUUGUCUUGUGUGAAACAAAGAUCAACAAUAGGUGCUGCCACCUGAAUCAUCCUCUGCAAUGGAAACCUGUACUUCGUUACGAUGAGGCUCAUAUAACUCAUAACUUAAACAUAAGCAUCUUCUUGUGAAGUACAGCAAUGAGGACAUUUUGCAAACUGCUUGCCUAACAACCCUGAAAUAAGGAGUGGUAGUAGAUAUAUAUUUAAUUCAAGGUCUGCCAGAGUGUUUAAUCUUUAAAUUCCUAUUUGUCAAUUGACUUCAAGUGAAAUGUUUUAUUUGAAAUUAACAUCACCUUGGACUUUGCUUCAUUGACUCAGUGCUGCAGUUAUCCCUGUGCAAUUUUGCUAUAUUGCAAAAAGUGAGAGAGAUGAAGUAAUCUUAGCAAUGUUUAUGGUUUUACUUGUGUGCUCCUGAUUAGUCAUGUAUCACAGACAACUCAAUGUAUAAUAAUGUCAUUCUAUGUAUGUAAAAUACAGUUUUUCAUCCAAAGCUGUAUACCUAAUUCAAAGAAGCAGAAUUUGAAAACGAUCUUCUCUCAAAUCCACUUUGCACACUACAGAAGGAAUGGGGACCCUACAUCUCUCCAUAUAUUGUUGGACUCCAACUCCCAUCUGGAGAGCUGCAGUUUCUCUAUCCUUGCAUUACAGAAAAUACCUCACCUUUGGAGGCUAGGAAGGUGGCUCUGGGAGAGACUCCCCUUGCUCCUGUAGCCCAAUUAUGGCUCUGGUUUUGAAGUGAGAUCCUCUUGACAACUUUAUUGCUAUCCUUUAGGCACUACACAAAAUCUGUUGGACUUUUGGUGGGUAAAAUGGGUUUAUUUCUUAGGUGUUUUCUUAACUGCUAUUGUUGUUGUUGUUGUUGUUUACAUAUGAUUUUUGUUCACUGUUUUAUAUAUUUUAUAAAACAGCCAUAAAUGGCACCUAUAUGGUAGCAUACACAUUUUAAUAUAACAAAUAAGAGUUUGUUCACCAUGCGUUACUGUGUGUCACUAUAGUAUAUGGAAGGAGGAACAAACAAACAAACCUGCAUAAACACAAUGUGCUGAGGUUCCAGUGUUCGAGUUAGGCAUGUGUUUUGAGAUAGAACUUGCUUCUAAAACAUUCCAAUGUUUUAUCUAAACCAUUCCAAAGGCAUGUGAUAGACAUAUAGGAACAGCUUGGACCGGUUAAAGAUGGUGAAAAACUCCACACAUCAUACAGCCAGUAGUGAAACGAUGAAACUCAAUGUCAAAUCUAGUGCUUGCGUCAUUAUCAUAAAUACUAUUUUGCUCCUUCAAGAUAUUUUAAUCCUUUAAAUUUCCUCUUCUUUCAGUGAUAGAGGAAGCUUGCUUUCUAUGGUGCAUAACUUUAUAAUAUACAGGAUAUUAAAAGCAUUCACCACUGAAUUAGGUAUUUUCAUUGAUAUCUUCCUUAACAAUAUCUAGUCACUGAAAGAGGCUAUUUUCCUGUUCUCUAGCCUCAAAAGUAGGGAACUAAGGUGACCCUGUUUUUAAAAAAACUACUUUAAUUUAAAUUGUUAUGAUGAUUCUGCCUUUGGAUUAAUAUUUGCCUGCUUCUGUGUAGUGGUAGGAUGUCAUCUGAAGUUAAGGUAGAUCUUAUUAACACAAUGUAGCAAAAGAUGCAAUAUUCCAUAUUAAGGAAAUCAUAGCCUUUCAUACCAUUUAUUAUUUCUGAACAGUAAAAAACAUAUUGCCAUAUAUUAACUGUGUCUGUGGAUGUUCCCUUGUCCAGUCUGUGGGGAUAUCCAGCCUUGACUCACAUGAUCAUCUGGGUAUAUAAUGCAUGGAUGACUUACUGUUGUGCUAGUAAAAAGAUACUUUUCAUGCAGCUUCACUACAGUAGUGAGUUGUGUCCAAUGUUUUUUUCAUGGAAGGCUCUUUCAUCCAAAAGAAUCUUCCAUGAAUGGAAAGGGAGCAGGGAGGGAGUUUCUGGGCAUCAUCAUUUACUCUGCAACCUCCUUAGCCGAUCAAAAGACUGUGGAGACCUUCUGUGGCAAUUUGAGAGGCUGUGUGUUUUAUUCUUUGAAUCUGAAUGCCAAUAUUUUAAAGUAAGUAGAGCAGAUACGGAGUGAUUAUUUCAGCUGAAACAAUUACCAACCAGAAGAAAGGUUGGUAAACAGUGUUAGUUCCGUACGUGAAAUGCAGAUUAUCUCCUUCUACUCCUACCAAAUUUUUGUGUUCUAUUAAUACAAAAGAGAGAGAAUUAAACACCACACACACACACACACACACACACACACACACACACACAUACCAUUAUUCAUAAACAAUCAGAGUAGUUUACAACAAUUGUACAUAAAAACAAUACAAUAAAAACCGUAUUAAAAAGUUAAAAUUAGAAAUCAGCUAACUAUUAUGAAAAUAUGUAUUCUUAAUUUCCUGCAAAGCCAGAUGGAAUGGGAAAGUUUUCAGAAGGCUUUUAAAAGUUGAAGCAGAAGACGUCUGCUAAUUUGUAGAGUAUGAACAUGGGCCAGUUACACUAAAAGCUUGAUUUCAUGUUGUUUUCAAAUGAGCCUCGCCAAUUUGGGGAACAACUAAGAACAACUAAGAACACUUCUGCAAAUGAUCUCAGCGACUGAGCUGGAAUCUAAGAGUUCAGGCAGUCUCUGAGGUACCUUCGCAAAUGUAGAACUUAAACCAUAGUCCCCCUUUCUGAUCCAUAGUCUCCUUUUUUAAUCCAAUCAAAAAUGGUCCCCUACAGAUAUUGCUCCUCAUCAUCAUAUUUAAUCUGUACCUAGGAGUGUUGAAAGACAGUUCACUAUACAUACACAGUUUAAUGCUUUAAUUUAUUUAGGCAAUUUUAUAUACUACCUUUUUAAAAAACCUCAUAAAAUAAAAAACUAAAAUACAAUCAACGUAAGAACAAAAGAACAAAACACUGAUUGAAACAGUAGACUGAGAUACAAAGGGCAGGGAGAAUAAAAAUGGGUUUGCAUGUCAUCAAAAGGCUAGUUACAGGUGUCACCAGAUAGGCCUCUCUGGAAAGGCAUCCCACAAGCUAGAACAAUCAAAAGUACCAUUUGCCUGAUCAUCUCCUGCCUCACUUCUAAUAGCAGGGAAGAAACGCAUGUAGCUUCCAGGCAGAUUGAUAGGCAUUCCUUUCAGUACUUGGAAUCUAAGCUGUUUAGGGCUUUAAAAGGUCAGCAUUUGCAGCUUGAAUGGGUCUCAGAAUUAAACUGACAGCAAAUGAAGUUAUUUUAAUACCACCGAGGUAUGUUCCCAGCAAGCUGUUUCACUUAAAAUCCUUGCAUAUGUCUUUUGUACUAGCUGCGAUGUCUUAACUGUCUUGAAGGGCAGUCCCGUGAACAACACAUCUCAGUAGUCUAAGAGGUGACCAGAGCAUGGAUAGCUAGACUAUCACUAUCUAGGAGAGGUUGUGCAUAGUUGUAAUGCAAGCCUGAGCUAGUAAAAUGAAUGAAUGCUCAAAGAAUAUAUUAAACACAUAUGGACCAAUGUUUAUGUGUAAUGUGGCUCAUACACAUGCUGAAAUGUCUGAUGUAUAUAUUCUUUAUGCACAACGUUUCAGGUUUGUUAACAGAAAUACAGUGCAAGUCGAAACGGCUUAGGAAGAAUAUAUCACAGCCUGUAGAUCAGACAACUGGUGAAGAUGCUGAGGGACCUGACCUGAAGCAAAUGUCAUCUACAACCAAACUCUACAAGGUAAUAAAAUUAUUGUGACAUAUUGUUGUGUAGUUGGCUACAACUAAUAAGCAUAGAAGAUUGCAUGAGAAUAAUUACCUAUUAGUAACUUCCUGAUUUUUUUAUAGAUCAGUCACUGAGUUUGUUAAUUAUUCAUGCAGAUAGUUAAAUAUGCUAUUUGACAUUAAAGAUGUUUGGUCUCUGUGUUCAGCCUUAAAAAUCUCACUGGUGAAGCAUUGCAAGAUGUAAUGCUGUGGCUUAUUUUCAUACUUUGUAAAGUGCAUUACUUGCAUUUAGUUUGCACAAUUGUGCCCCAAAAGCCUUGUUAAUGGUCAGAUGUUCUUUAAGUAUAUUCCAUCAUGUUGUGGUUUGUGAUUGUCCUAAACCAUUGCCAUCCCAGAGAGGUGACAGCUCAGGCAAGAGGACAGAGAGUCAGCUGGUUAGCUGGAUCAGGGAAGUUUCAAUCUACAGUUCUACAAGUAUUGGCUCAUAAAUCUUUUGGUCAGAGUUUGGCUACCUCAGCAACUACCAGGGUUUUAUAGCCUGGCCAAGAGAAUAUUUCUGCAAGCUCUAGUGCUGUAUCUUUAGGGAACAUAUAUAGUUUUUCAGUCGCAGGCUUCUUCUCAGGAGUAUAAUUCAGUGACCUACCUGAUGGGGGAACACUUUCCAGGGCCUUCCUGCUUAACGUCUCAGAGUUUGUGGGCAGUGGUACUUCUCAAAGUUUUAGUGCAAGGGAUUCAGGGUCCAAAGUAGAGGGUGCUGCCUUAGAAGGAUGGGAAGUGGGUCUGACUCCUUCUUUGAGCUGCUGCUGCUGGAGACACCGGUCUCAGUCGAGGGCCAUGACAGUGAUGUAGCAGUAGGUAUGGUCCACCUGAAGUAUUCAUUUAUUGGUAGAAGGUGUCUUACUAUGGCUAUAACGGGAUCUCCGUCCCCUAUAUCACUGAAUAGAAUAUCUGGUGCUGGUUUCGGAAAGACAAUUGUCAUCUCAAGUGUAUGAAUCCCCUGAAAAAUGCAUCUGUAUCAUAUUCAGGUUUACAUGCAUAUAUAAUUUAAGAAUGCAAUUACAUGCAUAUAUAAUUUAGGAAUAGCUGCUUCCGUUCUUGGCACCAAGCGGCUCAAAUCUGUACAGUACAGUUAAAAUAUGAGGCAGGGAAUCUUAUCCAGCUACUGAUGCUUAUGGUUUCUUAUUGCCAGUAUAGGAGAAAGUAGAACUAACCCCAGAACAGCAGAAUCUUCUUCACUAUAUCAUGGAUUCAUAUAAUAAACAGCGAAUCCCUCCCGAAGUGUCUAAAAAGCUUGUAAGUAUCCCAUUUAAUACAAUAGAUACGUAAGCAUUCGGAAUCCAAUAAUUGCUUGAAGCAUUUCCAGUUUAAAUUCUAGCAGUUCUAGAAAUCGUCUCCCCUUGGAAAAUAGUAAGGAUUAAUAGAUAUUGGGCACAAACUUGCUCUCCAAAUACAGAGCGCUGAGUGUGGAAGUUCUGUAUGCAGGUAAACAAAUGCAUGCAGGUAGGAGAGGAAAAGAUGGGCCACUUCAUCUCUCACUUCCCCACUUCCUUUCACCUGCCAUUCAGCAAAUGCAGCCUAAUGGUGACGGCAGCAUACAGAGGCCGCUGCCAUUGAACAGCAAAUACAGGACAAGUAGGGAGGAGAAAGGAAUAGGUCAACCUAAUCUGCUCUUUUCCCUAGCUCCCCCUUUAUGGUUUUCACUUCUCCUCUGGAUUCAAGGGUGUUUCGGGCUCCACCACAUUCAGCCUCUUUUGCUUCUUUCUCUACGUGGCCCUGAGUCGGUACAUGAAUUUACAGGAGGUGCAUUUGCUCUACGUAGUAGGAUGUGGAAAGAGCCACCACACUACACCCACAGAAAGCAAGAUUGCUAUUCUUCUUCACCUUGCGCAGCAACUCUUGACCUCCAGCUCCUUUAAAAAUAACUUUUAAAAACCACUUGUUAAAUGCUGUCAGUCUAGCAUAAUCAGUUUUCUCAACCUUUCAUAACCUAUAUUAUCUUGAGUCAUUCUGUUGAAAGGAGCCACCCAAUUCUAAAGUCUUUUUAUGCACCAUAUCACAAAUAAAGCUGACUAUUACUAUUGAUAUGAUUACUAGUACUAUUAUUAAUAACAACACAAUUCCAUUUUAAUGCUCAGUUGCAAGAGGAAUUCAGCGCUGAAGAAAAUUUUCUUAUCUUAACGGAAAUGGCCACCAGUCAUGUACAGGUCCUUGUGGAAUUCACCAAAAGAUUACCAGGUAUAAUAUGUUAAAUACAUUUGGCCUUACACUUCCUCUCUGUGUUUUGGUUAGACAGCUUCACUGCUGUAUGUCUGUGUUGGUGUACUUGUUUUAUUCACACCGAAAAAAGGGGGAGGGAACUACCUCCAAACCUAAUCAAAAACUGGAAACUAUCCUCAAAAUUUAGAAACUUGAGCAGUUUAAGAUCAAAUGCUCUAUCAACAUUAAUUCCAUUUUACCAUUAAUUCACCAUCAACAUUCAUUGCACUACUCUUUUGCAAUGUACAUGAGCACAGGUAUUUGCCCCAGCAAUGUACAGUCUAUUUUUUGUUUCUCCCUUGUUGACAAAUAGUUUUGUGAUAUCCUUCAACUUGUUUGUGCCCAUAAACCUCAAAAGCCAGCUUUGCUAGAUUCCUAUUGUUAAGCCACCAUUUCCCAGUACAAGUGGACUGGAUAGGUCUUGGUACUCUUUCAUUUGCCACAGUGUUCUUCAGGCUUGAGUCCCCAGAUGUUGUUGGACUACAACUUCCAUUAUCACUGACCUUUGGCUAAGUUGGCUGGGAAUGAUAGGAGUGGUAGUCCAACAACAUCUGGAUACCUAAGACCAAGGUUGAAGAACACUGAUUAUCACUCAUGUUUACACGAGUUGGGUUUAGGUAGCCCAGCUCAAUGUCUGCUGCUGACAUGCUUCUAUUUUAUUUUGAUACCUCUGCCUGGCUUGGAAAAAAUAGGACACAUUCACAGACCUCUGUAUCUUUUGGGGAUCCAUGUCAGCUGGCUGAAGGCAAUCAUGCUUCCUUUCAAAAUAAUUAGUAAAGAAACAUAUUGAUUGUAUUGUGCAUGUUUGUUCUCUCAUCUACAUGCUGCUUUAUAUUUUCACUGUUAUAUUAAAAUCCCUUUUUGUAACCCCAGUUCCUUUUUGUAAUAUAAACAAAACCGGGGGUGAGGGUGGUAGUGAGGGAAACGAGGCCAGUGGCCAAAUGAAAGCGCUCAGAACUACUCAAUUGAGUCCUGAAUGAGGAUAAUGCAACCAGCUCUCCUUUAGCUGAAGCAAGAAUUUAAUUUAUAAUAUGCUAAUCAAGUUGAAAGUAAUCACCCUUGCAAUCUUAAAUAAGAUUACAAGCAUGUGCACGUGUGAGAAACUUGGAUGGAUUCUUGCCUGGUGGCUUGAGAAAGAAAACAGAAUGCACUCUUCAAACACAACUGCCUGUAAUUAGAUAGUCAGCUGGUCUUGUGCCAAAUCUGCAGAUGUGCCAACCAUCUUUAGGUGCCGCCACCCUGCACAAUAUUCUUUGCUGGCAGAAAGAUGCUGGCUACUGGCUUGAUACUGUCACACUUUAAUUCCAGGUUUUCAGACCCUGGACCAUGAGGAUCAGAUUGCUUUGCUGAAGGGUUCAGCUGUAGAAGCCAUGUUCCUUCGGUCAGCUGAGAUCUUCAACAGGAAACUUCCUGUAGGACAUGCCGACCUCCUGGAAGAAAGAAUUCGUAACAGUGGUAGGUGCCUCUGAUGGAUAGCAAAAGGACCUUGAAAUGCCAGGCCAAAAAAGAAAAAAGCAAGCACCCAUUUUGCGAAUGUUACACAUCUCAGUGUUGAGUAGCAAGCUUACUUAGUCAGCUUUGAGUCCAAAGGUUAUCAAGUAAAUGUUUAAUCCUAAAAAUAUAAGCCACGAGAAUAAAACCGUUUCUUUGUAACCAACUAUAUUUGUUCAAGGAUAUGCAUAAACAAAUUAGGGCAAUGAAAUGUACUUCUUGCACAUUCAUUCCAAUAAAACCAUCUCACCCAUUUCAGUUAUUACAAUGUAAAAAGAUAGUACAAGGUCUACCAUUGCUAAUGUGUACCUUUGGGAGGGGAAGCCUAGAUUAGUAAGGUAAAAGGGUUCAUUUGGAAUAAAUCCACUGAGUUACAGUGGAUGUGUAAAUACAUUCAUUAUAUAUUUGGCUCUAAAAGAAUGGUUAGAUUUUGAGUUUAAAGCUAUGUGUGGAUUAUUAUAAUUUACAGCUUGCUUCUGUACCCAAAAUACAUUUUAAUUCUAACAAUUAUGCAGCAACUCAACUCACAGAGUUACUGACUUUCUCAAGGCCACCCAGUAAACAUCACAGCAGGGUUGGGAUUUGAACUCAUGUCCAACCUCAACACACUAACCCUUGCACUGUAAUGGUAUCAUUACUAGGUACACACACGCAAAAGACUUCAUCUUUUAAUAUAUAAAUGAGAGGGUAAUGAGGUGUUAAGGUGUGUCGGUCAGAUAGUCACACUGCCAUAUUUGCUGCCUGUUUUGCUGCCAUGAUUUCAAGAAUAAAAUUGCUCUUCCUUGGCUGCUGUCUCCCAUCCCACCAAACCCCACUAGGACCAGGCAUAACUAUGUCUUCUACUGCUGCAGUCCUAUGCACACCCACCUAGAAGUCAGUCCCCUUGGACACAAUGAGGUCUACUUCUGAGUAAAUAUGCAGAGAAUUGCACUGUAUACUUUGUUAUAUCUCUAGAGGGUUUUUCAGCUGCUGCCCUUUCUAACAUGUUACAGUCAAUACACUGAAAAAGAAUUAUUUUGAUGUGUUUUGACUGGUGUAUUUUCUCAGCCUGAAUUGACAUGCUGCCUGUCAUUGGGCUGACCUAUAUAGCUUAUCUGUAGAAAUAGAGAUAUUUCUCUCCAAAAUGUUUCUAAGCACAGCUUUAAGGACAUCUGAUAACCUCUUCUUUCUGGUCUAUCUCUUGCUUCUGGAGAUGUCUCCUAAAUCCUCUAACUGGAUCAGGGGUAUAACUGAUUGGAUCAUGGUUCUUGAGGAGCGGGAGAUGCUUGCAGGUAAAAAGUAACAGUGUACAAGCUACAUACAAUGAGUUCAAUCUGUACGCAGUAGCUUACAUUUCCAAAUUGUUUGCUUUUUCAUGUUCUUCAGAAUAUAAUGAGUGACAGCUGUUUUCUGGCUAAAUGGCACCGGUCCUUUCUGGUCCUUAUCAGCCCAUCUUUGAACAAGAGGAAGCAUGCAGACUCUGCAGGGCAACUGUGAUUAUGUAGGCAUCUUAUGUUUGAACCAGCUCUCAUUUGGUGGCCUGUUUUUAAACAGUGAGCAACCUGUUCCACCCCCAGCCCAAGCUGGUUUUUAUAUUUUAAAAAAUAAGCAAUUGCGGUCUAAUUUUGCCUGUUUUCCUCUUCCCUCCCCCUCCCUAUUCCUUUUGUGAUGUGUCUUUUUGUGGUAGAUGUUCAACAAGUGGCAGGCACUGUCUACCUGGGAAACUUGGUCUCUAGGAUUAAAAAUACCCAAACAGAACAAAACAGUUACAAUUCAUGACAGAUAUAUAUCCAAGAAUGACUAGAGGUUCAAUAUGCCUUACCUUUAACAGACUGUUCCCCAUCUAUUAGCAAGAGCUCAUGCUAAUCAUAAAUACUAUAACUGUAGAAUAUACUUUCAAUAUAAAAUGAAUCGUUUCCAAACUUUGAAGGAAAAAUGUACAGGGAUACUUCACUGGUUUGUGUUAAGAUGGUUUUAAUGUGAAUAUGAGUGUCAAGCUGUCGGCUCGGUCUUAUUGUCAGGCUUUGAGAAAUGCAGCUACAAAAGCUCUUCUCCCUCCCAUCGUGACUGUUUUGCAUGACAAUUUUGUGUGUGAUAGAUAAACUGGAAUGGUUGCAGAGUAAUGAUAACCUUUUUGCACAUUUAUGCCUAGGCUGCUUCUGUUUAUGUUGUUAUUAAUGCAAGGCUACUGGCUUAAUAGCUUGUGAGAUAUAAUGCUAUCUUGUCUACAGCCCUGAGUUCCUUUGCAUAAAUAUAUUUCUAUCUAACAUCAAGACUCUCACCUACGCUAGCAACUCUUGUUACCUAAUUAUAGCAUGUGCUUAUUUUCACCAAUAAAAGCUUGUAUCUAUUUUCACUAGAAUUAGAAAAACAGACUAGAUCAUCUUUUUGUGUAUGUGAGAGGGAGAUAUUUACUAUAUCAGUGGUUUAAUUCCAAUUUUAUUUUUUUAAUAACCCUAUGUUAUCACUUUGCAUAUAUUCUAGAAGCAAAAAAAGAAGAAGCAAAGGAUUUUUUAAAAAUCAAAGCUUUUUCAAAGCAAAUAUUCUGGAAACAAUCUAACACGCAUGCAGGGAAUUGCAUAUAUAUAUAUAUAUGAGACAUAUUUCAUUGUGCCUUCACAUUACAAAUUACAAGAGUUCAGUAAAGAAAAACAAUAGUGAAAUGCAUCCCAAAAUAGCAGCAAGAGUCAUAAAAACCCAGAAAUAGCAAUUAAAAAACCCAUUCCAGAUGAGGCAGUAUAUAGGAUUGGAUCCAGACUGGGACAUACUUAAAAGUAAACCCAUGGAUUUGAGUGGGUCCACUAAGGAUGACUAGGUCUGGAUCCAACCCAAAAUGUUUUGAUUGCAAAAAGCCUGAGUAAAUAUGAAAAUCUUAGUUUGGCACCUAAAACUAAUCAAACGGGGCACCUGUGUAGACAGCCCUGAUGGAGGUUUUUUGGUGGGGUGCAUGGUUCUCUUACACAAAAGACUUCUCUCUUAUCACUACCUACUGAAACUCUGGUGCGGGGGGGGGGGGCGUACUCAGAGAGGCUGAGUAAAUAGAUGAUGCUGACAAACCAGCAACAGUUUCAUAUGGAAGCAAACAGCCAGUUAAAUACCCGUGUCCCAAGCAGUGUAGGCUUUAACAUUCAAAACCUAGUGCCAAAAAUAUUAUGACGUCAGCCCUAGUUGAGCCGCUCAUGAUAGGAUCUGCCGAAGUUGAGACGCUGCCGCACAAAAAGGCCUUCUCUUUUGUACAAACAGAACCCGUGUCAUCAAGCGUCUUAGAUGGAGAAGCGUUUCAUGCAUUGGCAGGAUAAUAUGGGAGGGGGCACCCGCCUUCGGUAGUUUGGAACCCAAGUCACAUAGGUCUUCAAAGCAGGCACCGGCAUCUUGAACUGGCCUGGAAGCAGAUACAGUGGGACCUCGGUCGUCAAACACCUCCAUUGUCGUAUGUUUCAGCUCCUGAAAACCUUGAAAUAACUGCUCCGGUUUUUAAACGCAGCUUCCGUUUUGAGUUUCCCUAUUGUAUUGAGGCUUAAGCUUUCAGUUUUCGGUUUUCGAACGUUUCGGAAGUCGAACGGUCUUCCAGAACAGAUUACGUUCGAAAACCAAGGGUCCGCUGUAUAAGGCUACUCUUUGUAGAUUGUAAAGAAAUUUCAGAACAAAUGUUCCCUGAUGAAGAGCUGUCGCCUUGAGAAGUGUUGGAACCUGUCACUUAGGAAUCAUUUUGUUUUAUGCUGAAUGUGACUCUGGGUCAAACAUGUGCUGUGGGGCUGAUCAGGACCAAGGGGAAAGUUUGGCUCAUUGCCUGAGCAGUCAGUGAAAGCUUGGCAGAGCUUUGUGCAAGAUUUAUAAGGAUUUUUAAAAACAUAUUUCUCACGAUAACAUUUAAAUAAAACUGAAGUAAAUUUUCUAAUGAAGGGCUUUGAAUUGGGAAACGACUUUGGUUAGAUGAAUACUGUGAAAUUAACUAUAAUAUAAUGAGUAAUUAACAUGUUUAUUUCCCAGUAAAACAAGAGCUCAUUUAUUCCUUGAUUUAAUAUCCACCGGCAGCUUCAAACCUAUCCAGAUGAAAGAUCUCUUCAUCCAUAUUAACAAUAGUCUUAGUCAUAAUUAAUUAGCACGAAACAUUCUUCCUCACAGCUGUUUUUCUUCUUUUCUUUUAAUUUAAACAUCCAGCUGUAAUAAGCACCCCGUCUUCAAGUACAUAAAUCUAAAACUUAUUACUCCAAGAAGGGAAAUUAAAAUAGCAUGUAUAAUAAAGAGCAUAAGCCUGAAAGCGGAGAUAAAAUUUGACUUGUAUCAUAGAAGAAAUAAAAAUUUAAUCUACCAUUCAUUUAAGACCGGACACUACGGUAACACUGAGACAGUAUUUUCAUUGGGCAUAAUCAUGGAAAUCAUAUAUAUUACUUGGAGUAGUACAGAUUUCCCUGACUAUGUUGCAUGCACUAUUUUAUGCAUUGGGGAGAACCCUUUUUGUUUUCUUUUGAGGGCUGCGGAGUGAAAUGAGCAGGUCCAGAGCUGGCAAUGGGCUUGCAGUGGCCAAAGCAAAGUGUGUAGAGAUACACCCUCUCUCUGCUACCCUUUUCUUUCCCUCCCUGCCACCUCAUUCUCUCUGUCCCUCCCUGCCUGCCCAGUGAGUCACCAGGGGAACAACAGAUUGCUCUUGCCAGAGACCUGAACUAGCCCGUUGCAGAGGGCUUUUCCCUGCUUCUCCUUCCAUCUGGCUUCUGCCCCCUGUUUUCUCUUUCCCUUCCAGGUUUCCCCAUCAAAGGGAAAGCAGGCUGAGGGUUGUAGGUGGCUCUAGGGCACAGACUGUCUACUACCCCUGCUGUAUAGGAAGGCAACAGAUCCUACAGGACGAGGGCUUGUUUGGCUAAGGAGCAUAAGACCAAGUCCAUUCAAAAUAUAGCAAAAGAUACAAAAUGAGUAGCAAGAGCCUACCGCUGAUAGGCUCUUCACAAUGUCUGGGAGAGGAAAUAAAAUUAUAUACAUUUAGCGAUACAUUUAUUUAUUUAUCCGAUUAUUGAAUGGAUCUGUGAGAUCCAUGUUGUCUCUUUAGAUAAUAUGCAUAUAAAGGCAGCCAGACGAAAUAAUGAGCAGAGAACAGGACAUGGUCCUUCAUAAUCAGAAAGAUAUGAGGAGUUGUGAAACAGAACAAGCAGGCACUGAUUUUACAGUGGCAGCAUAUACUGAAUUAAGGCAAGAGUAUUCAGAUUUAAGCCAAUGGCCAGCCCAGAUUAAAAAUAUUUCUGCCAGUGCUUACAAUAGCACAAUAACAUACCGGGUGGCUGUUUUUUAAGCUGCUGUAGCACAACAGGCAGUACACCCCACUCCAGCCACUUGUUUCUGUUGAAGCAAGUUUUUUUAGAGGGUGUACACCACCUGCAACAACCUCGGUAUAGUGUUUCACCUUCCCACCUCAUAGCACCACAAGAGUCCUGACAUGGGGAGAUACAGUUUCCUCACCAGCUCCAGCUCUGGUGCAGGAAUUUUCCAAGUAAUGUAUCAAAGCCGUGUGGACAGUGGUGCUGCAUGUUGGCGAGGCAUAGAAGAGACAGGUAUCGAGAGGCAGAUGCCAUGUGGACUAGUACUCAGACUCAGCUUAUAGUCCCACCUUGGUCAAGGUUUUCAACCCUUCCACUCUUCUCUUUCCCCCUUCAUGGACAGAAGGGGUGCACAUAACACAACCAUCAUGUGAAUUGGCUACCAGGAGGACAAACUGCCAUCUUGUGCAUGCUGCAUGGGCUAAGAGAGAAAAUUCACAAAGCUUAUGGUGCAGACUAGUGAUUUGAACAGAUCCAUAUGCCUAAUUAACCUCAGGGGUGUGGGUUUGAGCCCCACAUUGGGCAAAAGAUUCCCGCCUUGCGGGGGAUUGAAUUAGAUGACCCUUAUGGUCCCUUCCAACUCUACCAUUUGGAUUCUAUCUAAUUCAUUCACAAAGUGGGAGAAAGUCCCAAUGGGUCUUAAAUGCUAGUAUAUUGUUUUAAGUGGUUUGUGUACGAUGCUUUUGGAAACAAACUGAAGCAGAAAAUUUUUUGUUUACGUGGUAUAUUUCUCUGCUACAAUAAAGAAGAAAAACCAUCCUUUUUUAAAAAUAAAUAAAUAGCCGUUUUCUAUACAGUAGACCCACAGCUUCCGUCUGAUUUACUUACGCAAUGGCAGCUUUGUACGGGUGGCAGGGAGAGCUGGCAGGGUCAGGGUAUAAGUCAGAAAGUGUUAUCCAAGAUCUCCUGAAGGCCCCACAAGAUCUCAGAUGACCUUCCCAGAGGCCAAUAAGCAAGGUGGAAGGCUUAAAAAGUUCUUUCUGUGCUGGGUUUUCCUGCUGUGAAUGGGAGUUUUUAAGCCCUCCACCACACUUACCAGGCUCUGCAAAUGUAGGAGCUGGUGUGCAAAGGCAAAAUCAUCACACAGGAUGGUUCCAUGUGUGUGUGUGUCUUCCUGACUUUGUGUGAUUUUGCCCUUGCACACUUACCCCUGCAUUAAGUUGUGGGCCUACUGUACUUAGACUCUGCUUGUACAUGAGGCCUCCCUUGUUCUCUCAGACAGGGAAGUGAUCCACACUCACUUAUCUUUAAAACUGCUGUGCCAUCAGGUGUUCCCAGACCUUUUACGAGGCCCUAAUAAAGUCCCUCUUUCAGUAAGAGUACAGCUCUCAAUCAUCAGACACUCAAAUAAACUUGUUACAAUAAUAAACUGAUGUUUUCUGGGCAUGAUAUUUAUGAUGACAGGAACAGGAGAAACAUAUUAACAGACAGUGGCUUGAGCUUUCAAUUUUGCAACCUGAGUCCACUGAGAUGAGGAAAAUCAACUCUCAAACAACCAAAUUAUCAGAACGUAUUUCCCCUCCAUUUAUAAGACUCACAGAACAGGCAGUGGAGUAGCUGGUUACAAAGGAUAAUAGCCCCCUCUCGUGGCUUCAAAAGGCUAUGCAGACGAGUACUGUACAGUGAAAGCAGAACAGGUCUGUUAAUAAGGAUGAAUAGAACUCUCUCUCUGUAUGUGUGUGUGUGUGUACACCUGAUACAUAUGAAUUUUCCCACUGCCUGUUCUUCUUAAGGUUUCAGGCUGUUGCUCAAUUUGGGUGUUGAAUCAUGCUGAGUUUCUAUUACAUACGUUGGAUUGCAACAUAAUUCUAAUGUUGUUUGUGCUUUACUCUGUUUCUCUCUUUAUUCUCCUUUCCACUUGAUAAGGAUAAUGAUUAAUAGUUACUGCCAAGGCGUACACAGGCCCUAUGAGGCCCCUUAUUGUCAUGGGCCUCAUUGACGCUUAAAAUGAAAUAUGAUCUCUUCCUUUAUAAGCCUUUCAGUUUUAGGACUAUAUCUGCACAUUACUCAUGAUUAGAAAAUGCAUCUAUUUUGGACUUGAAAUGAAUUGGAAAAUCACCACAUACUUGAAACUUGAUGUGCUUCGGAAACAAAAUUCCCCGCAUAUUGGCCCCAAUACAGAUAAAGUCAGUUUCAGUCACAUUGAAAUCCGUAGCAGCUACCAUGAACCUAAGUCAGUUGAUUUUGAUGCAAGGUGGAGCACAGCUGCAAAAAUUGAAGAAGUGUGAACUUCAAAAUAAUGCUGCAUUUUGCAAACCAAACCAAAUUUCUCCCUACUUUAAAGUAUUCCUUUCCCAAGCUCUUAAAUAGAUCCUCAUUGCAUUUGUAUGUUCCUGCCUGAUUCUUUCCAUUCUUAAAAUUUACCAAAAUUUACUGGGGAGCUGCAUGUAAGUGUUGGAACCUGAACUCAUGAUCUGAUGUUUUGCAGCCAGAGGCCCUAAGAUGCUUAACUCUGCAGGCGAAAGAAUCAGCUCACAACUGAUACCCUUGCCAGAAGGUCUAACUCCAGCACCAGUAAAUCAGAACAGAGUGAGGGACUUAUGGCUCUCCAGGUGUUGUUGGGAUACAGUUUACAUUGUCUCUGACCAUUGUGAAUGCAAAUUUCUCUCAGCUAAGGAAUCAAAGAUAGCCUUGGGAGACUUCUCUGCAGUGGCAAAUUUCUAGCCCAUGGGCCUAAUUAGGCUUCCCAGGUUUAUCUUGGCCCACAGGGCUACUUUGGCAAAGCCACACCCCUACUGCCUUACACCUGAUAUAAUAUACAUGUGGACAGAUGUCGAAAGCAGGUUUGCCUGUACAGUUUCAAGCAUUCACUGAUCAGAAGAUCAUUGACACAUUUGCCAUUGUAGGCAAAUGAAAAUGGAUUGCUUGACAUCAUUGUGAUAGGUGACUGACAGGUUGGCAACCCUGCCCAUCUAUCACACCAGACCUUUGAGGGCCAGGGAGAUAAUGAUGUGCCCCCACUGGUGAGAUUUAGGUGUUCAUCCCUGCUUCAAUGUGCCUUAGCUGCAUUUCUUGAUUAGCCAGAUGUGAAUAACUGUGUGAAAGACGAAAUGAAGUACCUCAAAUACCAAAAGGGCUAAAUAUAUCAUAAUAAAUGAUACAUGAUACUCUGUCUAGUUUCAUGCUACUCAACAACAUAGUGGUAGAACUAUAUAUUUUAUUGAUGUUUAAGUACUUCUCAAUAUUUUGUAUUAUAGGCAUCUCAGAUGAAUAUAUAAUACCCAUGUUCAAUUUCUAUAAAAGUGUUGGGGAACUGAAGAUGAGACAAGAAGAAUAUGCUCUACUCACAGCAAUAGUUAUCUUAUCUCCAGGUAAUUUCAGUUUCUUUGUUAUUAGAUCAACGUGAGAAGAAUAAAAAGUCAGGUGAAUGACAGAAGGAUAUGAUUUUGAUGUCUCAUAUUAAAAAGUAAUUGAAAAACCAUUUUGCUAAUGCAGUUUAAUAAUAAAAAGGUAUAAUUACAAUGAACGGGAACUUCAUUUGCUACUCAUGAGCAGGAGUAAGAAUAUUGAGCUACAAGGAUUUCACUUUAGUUUUUGUUUUUAUAACUUACAAUUAGAUGGGUUCAUAAUGCCAGGUCUAGAAUUAUACAAAGGUCCAAGGACUGCCUGAGCCCUUUUAGUCCAGCUUGAUCACUGAGUUCAUCCGGAGAAGCAAUGUACGUUGUCCCUCAUGUUUCAGAAGCUUAACUGACUACAACAGUUGUUUGUUUUUAAACAGCAGUCACUGGGGGCUGUUGAUCAGUGGUCCUGUAAAUACAUAAUCAGAAUUAAUGUCAAUGAAACUUGUGACAAGUUUUUACUGGUGCACAACCUGGUACCACAAUUGUUUAUAUGUGAACAACGUAGCCUGUAAAGAGAAAACCCAUGGAUUUCAAUUGCAGUUAUGAACACUGUAAUCUUAUGAAUUGACAAAUGUGAACUAACUCUCAUAAUUGUUUUUCCCCUCCUUUCCCACGUAUCCCGCCCCCCGUAAAUUUGAAACCAGACCGGCAAUACAUACAGGACAGAGAGUCUGUGGAAAAACUUCAAGAGCCACUGCUAGAAGUUCUGCAAAAAUUCUGCAAGCUUUAUCACACAGAUAGUCCUCAGCACUUUGCAUGUCUCCUGGGUCGUCUUACAGAACUGCGGACUUUUAAUCACCACCAUGCAGAUAUGCUGAUGUCUUGGCGAGUGAAUGAUCACAAGUUUACACCUCUUCUUUGUGAAAUAUGGGAUGUACAGUGAUAAAGAAAAAUGGGUUUGAAUGUAAUCCUAAACACAUUUAUUUGGAACGAAUGGAACUUCAUAAACAUGUGUUCAGGACCGGGUUCCUUGUUUUGCAUUUUUUAAAGCACCAAAAAAGCACAUGUAAUAAGUGUUUCUUAUGGGAGUUAGAGGUUAUUUUCCAAGCAUUAUGUAAAAGACUUUCACAUGGGAAGAUGGACUAAGUGCCCUGGCCUCUAAGCCUCUUGGAACAAAGCUGAAUCCUUCCUGCCCGAAGCAGGCAUCCUGUUAUACCUUUCGAAAUUAAACUGAUUGUAUCUCACUUUCUUCAUUUCAAAUGCCUGAGAAGAUUAUCAAGCUUUUUCAUCACAUUAUACUUAUUCUAAAUGUUUCAUUAAUAUACAAUGUUGUAGCUGUUAUAAGAAUUCAGUAAAAGUGACUCUGCCC